UCGUAAGUUUAUUCGAUAUUGUUCGUUCGCGAUGAAUGAUAAAAACGUUCUAAUGUAAUUUAAAAGAUUAAUAUAUUAAUCAUCCGCGUGGUUCCCAAAACAAGUUGUGACUGUGACGACGACGACGACGACGACGACGACGACAACAACGACAACGACGUCGACGACGACAACAACGACAAUAACAAUAACGACGACGACGACGACGACGACGACGACGACGACGACAACGACAACGACAACGACAACAACGACGACGACAACGGUGGUGUUAGCAGAAGCAGUAGCAGCAAACGAUAGCGGGACAGCUGCGAUCGAAGGACAUGAAUAGGUGUGAGAGAGAAGGAGAUAGAAAUAAGAGUGUUCCGAGGAAAGCAAAAGGGAGAAGGCCAUAAACACACAAGAUUGGAACGUUUCUGCACUACUUCUAUAUCCUUUGUGUCUGGAUUGGAUAAAGGGAAACAUGUUAUUAAACGGUCAGACUGCAAUCAUCAAGUUCCUUCAAAAAUAUUAUCUUUACUAUUUCGGUUGUAUUCGAAUGAAACGAUAAGAAGAAAAAAAAAAGCUUAGCUAAUAAGACAUUUUCGCGCCGUACGCAACCGACGCGAUCUCUCUCUUUCUCUCUCGCUCUCGCUCUAUCUCUCUAUCUCUCUCUCUCUCUCUCUCUCUCUGUCUCUUUCUCUCUCUGUUGUGUGUGUAUGUGACAGCAAAUAAGAUUAAUGUUAACUUGGGGUACCCUUCAUAGCAAUCCUUUUCUUUCUUUCUAUUUUUCUUCCUUCCUUUCUUUUUUCUUUUCUCUCUCUCUUUUUUUUUUUUUUAUAUCUUCUUUUUUAUAUCGAUAAACGCCUUCUUCUACCUACCGUUACGGUUAUCUUUCGCGAGCUACGAAUUUUCUAUCAUUCUUUUUCUCUCUCUCUCUCUCUCUCUCUUCUUUUUUUCCCGCGUAAAAUUGAUGCACUUAGAUUUAGAUCGCACACGUUUAACUCACGAAGAGAAAUUCAUCGAAGUCAAGGUUAUAUGCGUGCGUCUCUUUUCCCCAAUGUGUAUUGUCAAAAUCAGCUGCCAUUACUAUAGCGUGUUGUACGUACGUACGAUUCUGGACUCUUGUCGUCGUGUGAGCGUCGUGUUUCUUUUAUUUUACGAUAUGUUGUUCACACUGUAUUGUGUCCCCCGAUUGAAGAAGAGAAAUCAAAGUGUACAAGCAUAGAAUAAAACAAAGGAAAUAUUAAGAUUGAUUAUUCCUAUCUUCUCUUUGCUUAAGGGAUAAGCAAGCAGGUGAUAUUUUAAGAAAGAUUUAUAGUUCUUAAAGGGAGUGUAAGCAACGAUUAAACGUAAUAGUGGUAAAUGCGGUGGUUGAAGGAGAGAUGGACCCAUCAAUGUUUGUUACUUACACCUCUCAAACGAAUGGAGUUCCAUUGGAGUCCAAACUUGCUACCUACAUGAAUCGUCAAAGUCCUGGGACAACGCUAAAUACUACUGUGGUAACAAAACAGCUGUCCAAUCUUUCUCUUGAUUCUCAAAAGAAAGUAACUGCCAGUCCAGAAUUUGUACCAGGAAGAGGUCUAACUGGUAGCAAUAGCAGUUCUCCUAAUCUUUUCAAUAAUUCUUAUCACUCUCAAGAGAAUGUAGGUGGUACAACUUAUUUUUAUCUUGGCAAUGCUGCCACAGAUGCUGUUGGAGGGGAAGAAGGAACUGAUGGUAUUACUACCAUAGGAACAGGCCAAGCAGGCUAUGUAUAUCCAGGUACACCAGCUCAUUUGCAACCAUCGAAGACUUCUUCAUCGAGUAACUCCUCUGCCCCUUCCACACCCCCACCACAAGCAGCUCCUAGCUUUUUUAUCAAUGAAACUAUAAGAAUCGACAUUCUUCAAAAAAAUGCAUUAGUAUUAGCUCAACCCGACGUGGUGAGAUUUCCUGACCUGCCAAAUGAAGUAGACAAUUAUCAUGAGUUAUGCCCAUUGGAACCUAUUCAUAAACCGACUUCUACGGUACUUGGAUAUCAAACUUCAACGUACAAAGCAACAAGUAUAAAAAGCGGUACACGUUAUUGUUUACGCCGUGUUCAUGAUUUCAGACUCGCAAAUACCAAGUGUAUGGUUUUGGUUGAUAUGUGGAAGCGACUAGAGCACACUAAUUUAGUUCAAUUAAGAGAGGUCUUUACUACAAAGGCCUUUGGCGAUCAUUCCAUGGUAUUCGUAUAUGAUUAUCAUCCUGGAUCAGAGACGUUAUUAAACAAGCAUUUUUCUUCGAGCGGUUUGAAUGGCUAUACCGAUCCAUUUUCUUCAGAUCCCAAUGCUCCACGACCGUACAGUCAUACAAAAAAUACUAUUCUUAGACAACAGCAUAGUAGUAUGCUUCCUGAAAGCAUUAUAUGGAGUUAUAUCAUACAACUUACUGCCGCGCUUCGUGUCAUUCACGCUGCUGGCUUGGCAUAUAGGUGUUUGGAUCCCACCAAAGUAUUACUAACGUCACGUACACGGCUUCGUUUGAGUUGCGUCGCUAUACCGGACGUUGUUACAUUCGAUGGAACCGCAACAAAUCCACUUACACUCAUACCUCAUUAUCAGCAAGAGGAUUUAAUAGCACUAGGAAAGUUGGUAUUGGCUUUAGCAUGUCGCAGUCUUCUUGCCGUCCAUCGCGACAAUAUGCAGGCCUCUCUUGAGCUGGUCGCACGUUCCUACUCAACCGAUCUUCGAAAUCUCAUAUUGUAUCUACUUUCAAAUCAAGCUCGAAGAAGUGUAACAGAUCUCAUGCCAAUGAUCGGAGCACGCUUUUAUACUCAAUUAGAUGCUGUUCAACUUAGGUCUGAUGUACUUGAAAAUGAACUUGCCAAGGAAUUAGAAAAUGGAAGAUUAUUUAAGCUAUUGGUUAAAUUAGCAACCAUCAAUGAAAGACCAGAAUUGAAUAUGGAACCUACUUGGGCAGAGACUGGUGAUAGAUAUAUGCUCAAAUUAUUUAGGGAUUAUGUUUUCCAUCAAGUAACUGCCGAUGGAAGACCUUGGCUGGACAUGGCACAUGUUGUGUCUUGCUUAAAUAAGCUUGACUCCGGAUCUCACGAUAAGAUAUGUUUGAUGUCACGGGAUGAACAAAGUGUAUUAGUUGUAAGUUAUGCAGAAUUACGACAAUGUUUGGAAACUUCGUUUGGGGAAUUAGUACAAUCUGCAAAAGAUGCUAUCUAGGUCAAUGAUUUUUUUUUAUUGGCCAGAUACAUACUCCGAACCAUAAAUGUGAUAUCACCAUUUAGCGGUACUAUCAUUUUAAACUUUACAAAUAUAUUUAAGAGAGUGUGCAAAUACGAAAGAGUUCAUGUGACGAUAUAAAAGAAUGCUCCAGUUCGUAAACAUGAUUUCGAAAGUCAAAUCAGUAGACGAAUACUACUUUUCAAUUACACUACAUGUAAUAUACAUAGGCGAUGGAAUCAUGUGAUAAAACGUAAAUCGGUAAAGGUUUGAAUUUGCUGUGGAAUCCAUUAUGGUACUAUACAAAAGUGUACACACAACUUAAUAACGCAAUGAAGUCUUAAGAAAUCUUAAGGAAACACCUAAAACACUGUCGGUGUAUAGGUUAGAGAUCUUAGUCUUUAGGAUACAGCUGGUAAGCAUUAAUUUUGAAAUAAAUGUUUAUUUUUGAAAGCAAUCUUAA